AUGUCGCGUGUUCUGACGGUGCUGCUGACCUACGACGACCCGGAAUGCGGAGGAGCGGCGGACGCUCUGGUCGAGCACCUGGAGCGCGAUGCGGCCGCGGUGGAGGGCCAGUGUCAGCUCUCGGUGAAGCCUAUUCAAGUGGUCCAAAACGGCUCCCACCGCGACGCCCUCUACGGCUCGUUGCAGGACUUAUUUCAGAUCAAGCCCCAAGAUAUUUUUGUCAUCACGUUUUUGAAGGGCAAUCAACCGGAGGAGUAUCGCAAGGUGAAUGAGUUAUGCAGCGGCGUGCGACCGAACGCGGUGCAGUGUCAGGUGCUCACGCAUCUGGCGAACUACAACGACGUCGGCCUCAUCAUUCGGAAUCUAGUGCGUCUCGUGUUGGAUGCAAUGACGCGAGAGGACGCGAGCCGUAGCAACGCGGAGCCCGCCCAGUAG